GUGCCUGACGUGGACGGCUCUGUUGCUGCCAGGUGUCAGCUCACCAGCUCGACCGUCUUCCACCGAUUUAAAGACAAUGUAAGGAUGUCAAUCUCUUAUUUGCUCUCCUCUCCUCCCAUCCUUCCGUGCUCCACCCCCCCUGGCCAUCACCAGGACGUCAAUCUCUUCUUUGCCCUCCUCUUCCACACCAUAGCAGCCUUCUCGUCUCAAGCCAUUGUUUCCUCCCCUUCCUGCCUCUCUUCCUCCUCGCCAUCCUCCAUCCCUUCCUCCUCGCCUCCCACUGCACCCUCCACCAUCCAUCUCUCCCGUUUUGAUCUCUUCCACUGCCAUCUCUUCGCCGCCCACUCCUCUGGUCGUCUCGGUGCCCUGUAA